UAUUUCAAAAUUGGAUCUUUUGGAAAUUGUAAAAAGUAAAUAAAGAAAAAGGAGAUAUUUAGGGGUGAUAUGAAAAUAAGCUUAGUUGUAAAAUCUAAAAACCAAAUAUGAUCUAAAUUUUUUUAUCGAUUCUAUUUUUACAAUCUUUUGGCAAUGUUGUAAAAUUAAUUCCUUUUUCUUCUUUCUUUUUUUAUUAUCUCCAUGUUUUAGGUCCAUAAAAGGGAAAUUUACAUUACAUCUAUAGUAAAAAAAAAAUCUUUAUACUAGGAAUAAAAUUUUGGGUCAUAGUUUAUCGAUUCUUCUACUAACAAUAUGUAUUUUGGAUUAUCUACCAAGUAUGAAUUAUUUUUUAGCUUUUAAAGAAAAAUUAACAAAAGAUUGUUAAAAAAUUGCUUUUUCUUUUUCAAAUCAUCAAAAGUUCGAUUAUUCUUUUAAUGCAAUGUAUAGGAUGAAAAAUUAAACUUCCAAUCUUUGAGGAUAAUACUAGCAAGUUUAAUUGUAAAGUUUUUUUUCUUUUUCUUUUUUGAGUUUAGAUAGGAAAUAUGUUGAUUUCUUUGAUUUUACAUUUGAGAGUAUAUACUUAACCUAGUUUAACUAUAAAGUUUUUUCAUCUCUUUUAGUUCAACCGACGUUGGAGAAUUGAAAUUUUGAAUUCUAGUCAAUAAAAUAAGCAUAAAUUAGCUUGCUAAAACAUAAUUUGGUGACUUUUUUGAGUGGGAAAGAGUUUCUUUUUCCCUUGAUAUUGUAAUAAGGUGGCUCGUAAUAUUGUUGCUUGUGCUCUUUUGAUUGUAUCUUCUGAUUCUUGAACUAAUUUUCUUUUCGUUUGGAUUGUUGACCUUGUUCAAGGUGAUGUCGUGGAUGCUUGUUUGUUUUAUUGAAUGUUUUCUUUAUUAAAAAAAGGUAUACUUUAUGCAAAAAGAAUAAUAUGUUGAUUGUUCUUUGUGUGUUAUUUUAAUUUUUCCUGUAAAGUUAUAAAUAGUGUUGUAGGUAUUAGCAAAUACUUUUUAACAUUGUCAGAAAGAGUUUUCUCAUAAUCUUGUUCAUGACCAUCGUCACCUAGACAAGGAGUAUUAAGUUUAUACAACUAAAAUGAACCUAUUAAUUUGGUCAAAGGUAUUUUUUUAAUCUCUAAAAGGAGGCGAGAGGAGUUAAAAUGAAAAGCAAUAUGUAGUGUUUAAUCAAUUAUUUUGCAAUCUUUCGGUCACUAAAAUUACUUAUAGUAGUAGAGAGUUUGAUUUGCUUUGUUGAUAGUUGAUAAUUGGUUUUGUAUGUUUUUCUAAUACAACAAUUAUGGAGAUAGGGAUCAAACCUAUCACCUCUAAGAUGAAAAGUGUGUGUCACUUAUCCUUGAGUUAAGUUUACUUUAACUUUAGUUUUGAUAAUUGGAUUUGUAUAUUGAGAUUCUAAUUUGCUAGUACUUUUAUCCUUGCAUCAAUGUCAUCAUGGAAAAAGCUCCCCACUACUGCUACUGGAAUAGGUAGAAAACAAAUGAAAAAUUAAAGAAGCAAUAAAACCGAAAACACACAAAUGUCAUGAAAAACUCUCAACCCUGGAAAAAACAAUAAACUAGAAAAAAUGGGUUGGGUGAAAAAUUAUUACAAUACAAUGACACAAAAAUCUCUUUUUGAUUCAAAUUACAAAGAAAACACUCAAAGCAUUAUACCUUACACACUUAGAUUUUGUAUACUAAACUUAAAAGUAGUUCAAGUAUGAUUUGAAAUUAAAGGCAUGACCUCCUUUUAAAGCUCCUUGCUUUCUUGAACUUUUUUUCACGUGAGAUAACUACUUUUCUAAUAUUUGACCAAUAUCCACCAUGUUAUAGAAGACACAACAAAUUUUAUAGAAAAGUGGUCGUGUAAAGCAUCUAAAACUAUCUAUAGUUUAAAAAUCAUAUCUAAAAGAGAAAUAUUUGGAUGUUAAUUGAGGUUCUAGCCAUUUUUUGCAGUUCAUCUAUAUGGUCCAGACGUAUGACGAGACAAAAAGUUAUUAGUUCGAAUCUCUAUUAUCACGUGAGCGUGAAACUCUAUAAAUAAAAAAGACCACUCUACAGUAAAACUCUUAUUGUUUCUUUUGUUUUUGGAGAAUUCACAAAAACUGCAUAGUUGGAUUUAUUUAUCAUUGGUUAGUGACUCAGUGAAACAAUAACCCUGAAUAUUGAAUGCCCACCUCGUGUAAUUCUAAUUACCAUUAGAUUAAAGAUGUAUGGGGAUCAACCCCACCUUUUCUACUUAGCAGUUGUCUUAGGAUUUGCAUCUCAAGAUCUGACGGACAAAAUGUUGACACGGUCUGUUGUAUAGAGGAUGUUCCAGAAUUGAACCCGCAGAAUCCUCCUUUUGUAGUCUUAUUAAAUUACAGGAAUUAAAGUAUUCAAUUUUCUAGAGAAUGUUUUUCAUGCUAGUGGUGUAUGUGCAUUAAAGCUGUAUAAGAGGAAGAAUCAGCAUCAAGUUUCAGGAGUGGAGGAUAUUGAGUGGGAACUGAUCAGAGAGCUCUGUUUGGGAACUUGAACCAAUACUAACUUGCUGUAACUGAGCAAGCUUCACCAUCAAACUUGCCAAAACUCUACACUUAAUUUUGAUCAUCCCAAUACUCGCCAUUGGCUUUUAAGAUCUGGUUCUCAACUUCUAAGUUUUGUUGAUAACCCCAUAAUCUUUCUUCUUCACUACCCUCUUCAAAUUUUUUUCUUGGCAGCUUCAAGUUUUAUCGUUUGUUGAAGAUGAAGUUCUUCAGCUGGAUGCAGACUAAACUAAAUGGCAAACAAGAGAAGAAAAUCCCGGAUACAAUCUCCACUUCUCACCAUAAAAAACAAGAGUCUCGUGAGGAGUUUAGCGAUUGGCCUCAUGGGUUGCUUGCAAUUGGAACAUUUGGCAACAAUGAGAUUAAAGAUGAUUCUGAUCAGAGAGAAGAUAUAGAAGAGGAGAAUCCAUCUUCUUCAGAGGAGAUAGUAGAUUUCUCUCCUGAAGAAGUUGGUAAACUACAGAAAGAAUUGACAAAGCUUUUAUCUCGAAAACCGAACGCCGAAAAACAAGUUGCUGAUCUUCCAUUGGAUAGAUUUCUCAACUGCCCCUCAAGCUUGGAGGUUGACAGGAGAAUCAGCAAUCCACUUUCUAGUGAUUCAGAUGAUAAAGAUGAAGAUAUUGAAAGAACCAUUAGUCUUAUCAUUGGUAAAUGCAAGGACAUUUGCGCCGAUAGUAAAAAGAAAGCGAUCGGAAAGAAAUCGAUCUCCUUUCUCCUCAAAAAAUUGUUUGUUUGUAGAACUGGCUUCUCUCCUAUGCCACCACCGAGCUUGAGAGAAACUCUACAAGAAUCCAGAAUGGAAAAGCUUUUAAGAACAAUUCUUCAAAGGAAAAUCUCCCCACAAAACGCCUCUAGAUCUUCAUCAUUGAAGAGAUACAUAGAGGAAAAACAAUCAGCAAAAAACAGAAAUGAUGAAGAAGACCAGAAAAAACAUGCCAAAGAUGGAUCCAAAUGGGUCAAGACUGAUUCUGAGUAUAUUGUUCUUGAGAUAUAAUUCACUCUCCCUUUACAAUCAAUCUCCCAUCUAACUGAUUUGAAGAAGAUUUUCAAUCUCCACCCCUUGUUUUGAAAUGGAUCGAACGGUUGAGGUGUUCAUCACAUCAAAGAAAAAAGAACAAAAAAAGAAAGAAAAAUACUACACAUCUUAUUUUGACGAUGCUUUACUCUUCCUUUUUCAUUUUUUCAUGGUUGUAUGUUUAUGAAAACCAAUGCAACUCAUGUUUAUGAAACAUCGUCAAAAAGUGAUUUUGUGUUAUGAACAGAGGACUUGCCAUUUUUCACUUUUACUUUUACUUCAUAAUUCUUCUUCAAUGUUGUUGGGGUCUCUCUCUUUGUACCAUAUUUGAGCCAAAAUGACAUUUUGUAUUGUUAUAAAGUCACCAUUCUCAUUCUCAAACACAUUAUUCUCACUUCACUUGGCUUAUUGGCCAAUUGUUGUUCA